AGACCUACCCAUACAUGCUUCUCCAGACCAGCAGGAGUCAAUAUUGCUUCUUAUCGCGCAGUGCUACCGUGACAACGUCCAAACCAAGCGAAGAAUUUCCCUCUUGACAACUUCCUGUACAGCAGAAGCAUAGACGUUUGCUGGCUGUGAAGAACAGCCGAGCUGAACUCGUGGUGAAAAUGCCUGCAGUCACUUUAUUUGUCAGGAGAUUACCUGAAACAACCACAAAUGAGCGUCUAGCAAAAGUAUUCUCUGAAAUAGGACCACUGAAGAAUUGCUUCGUUGUCAGGGAUAGAGAGACUGGAAAAUGUCGUGGCAUUGGAUAUGUGACAUUCUCUAUGGAAGAAGAUGCACAACGGGCCAUAAAAGAAGUCAAAGAGUAUGACAAGCAGAAGAUAUUUGUGACUGUGGCCAAGAAAAAACCUGAUCAUAAGAAAAAGAAGAAGAAAGAGAAAACAGAAGAAGGUUCAGGAGACAAAGAGAAACCUGGGAAACCUGAGAAACCAACAGAAACCAAAAGUCCUGAAAAGUUUACAGGCAUAAAAAAGAAAAACUUAAAAGCUCGACUGAUCAUCAGAAAUCUCAGUUUUAAGUGUGAAGAAGAUGAUUUGAAGAAGAUCUUCUCCAAGUUUGGAACCGUGCUUGAGGCCAACAUUCCCUUAAAACCAGAUGGGAAGAAGCGAGGUUUUGCAUUUGUGCAGUUUAAGUGCAUGUCAGAAGCUGGAAAAGCUCUCGCUGCAAUGAACCUGAAGGAGAUCAAAGACAGAAAGGUGGCUGUGGAUUGGGCUAUUGCAAAGGACAAGUAUCAAGCUACCCAAUCAGCGGCUGGAACUAUCAAAGAAGAGAAUGUGAAUUCUGAAGGUGCAGGAGCUGAUGGGAAUGAAGGUGCCAAGAAAAAGUCUGUAUCGCAAGAAGAGAAGGAUGACUCCGAGUCAGAGGAAGAGGACGCUUCAGAGGAUGAUGACGACGACGACAGUGCAGAAAAUGAAUCUCAGCAUACAGAUAGUGAUGCCAGCGAACCUGAUGAUGAUGAUGAUGAUGAUGACGAUGAUUACGACGACGAUGACGACAAUGAGGGAAAAACUCUUCCAAAGAAGAAGAGAGACCCUCUUCCUUCAGAUGUGAAUGAAGGACGAACCAUCUUCAUCAGAAAUCUGUCCUUUGACACAGAUGAAGAGGGUUUGGAGGAAACUUUGUUGCAGUUUGGCGAGCUAAAAUAUGUACGUGUGGUGAUGAACGCAGACACAGGAUAUUCAAAAGGUUGUGCUUUUGCUCAGUUCAAAAGUAAAGAAGCGGCAGAGAAAUGUAUUGCUGCUGCUGCUCAAGAUGAAAAAGAGUUUGGUGGCAUUAAGGUUGAUGGCAGGAGAUUGUACAUUUUGCCUGCUGUAAACAGAGAAGAUGCUUCAAAUUUAAAGGACAAGAAAGUGAAAACUCACACGGGCACCAGGAACCUUUACCUCGCCAGAGAGGGCUUGAUUCGUCCUGGAUCCAAGGCUGCAGAGGGAGUUUCAGAAACUGACAUGGCCAAGAGAACAAGAUUUGAGGAGCUGAAAAGGGCAAAGUUAAAGGACGUUAAUGUGUAUGUGUCUAAAACACGGCUGUGUGUGCAUAACCUGCCUAAGAGCGUCCAUCAGCCUAAAUUUCGCAAGCUCUGCCUUGCUGCCGCUGGUGGUAAAGGCGUCCGCAUCACUGAGUGCCGUGUGAUGUAUGACAAGAAGCCUAUUCGGGGUCAGGUGGUCGGUCAAUCUCUAGGAUAUGGCUUUGUGGAGUUUAAAGAGCAUGAACAGGCUCUACAAGCACUACGUCACCUCAACAACAACCCAGACAUCUUUGGACCUCAAAAGAGACCCAUAGUGGAGUUCUCUCUGGAGGAUGGUAAGAAGCUGAAACUUAAAGCCAUUCGUCUGGAAAACAGCAAGAAGCGACUUAAACAAGUCAGUAGCCAAACAGAAGGGCAGCCGCUACAUCCUUCAGGAAAAAUGAAAGGUCCCUUGCAGAAAGGAAAUGCAGCUAGUGUUGAUAAACAGGAGAAGGCACAAGGAAGCCAGUACACCGGGUUUAUGACCAAACCAGAGGUGGAGCACGUAGAACUGAAGGAUGGCAAAAAACGGCAGAAGGUUCUUCACAUGCCUUCACAUAGAGGCCCAAAGAUCAGGAAACGAGAUAAAGGGAAACAACCCAUGGUGCAACCCAAGAAACCGAAGAAAGGGCCCAGCAGGAAAGAUAGAAAUAUGUCUACUUUCAUUGAGAAACGCAGCAUGAACAGUAAACAGAAUGGCAAACCUGCGAAGAGAAAGUUUCAGAACAGAGAGGAUGCUCGCUUUGACAGUUUGGUGGACCAGUACAAAAAGAAACUAAUGGGCAAAUCAAACACUAAGACUUUAGUCAAGAAGAGCAAAUGGUUCAGCUGAAUAUAUGAGAGAAAAAGGACAUGUAAAAUGUUGAAUUUUUUUUUUAGGAGGACUGAAUUUAAUACUUUGGCUCCGUUUCAGUUUUUAAAACUGGAAGAAAAAAAAAAAAAAUCAACAUGUGAUAUUAUCAGACUAUUUCUGGUAAAGAUAUAAGAGAAUUGAGAGAUGGUUCCAAUAUCUAACAGAUUAUUUUUUGUUGCUUAUUAGUUUGGACGUCCCUUAAACUACUUGUUUAUCAAGAGGGUCCCACGCCAAGUUUCAUGUUUCCUGCUGGGUUUGGCACAGAGAGUUUUUUAAACAUUACAGAGAUAAGGCUUUUGUAGACUGGAUGAGUCUUCAGCUGUUGUCCAUAUGGACUUUGCCAACAUUCAGUUUAGCUGUCAUUAUUUAACUGCUCUCCUCAAACUUUGAAAACAGGUGUACAUGAUUUAAAUGCCAGCAGGCAAUUCCUGCCAUCCCUUAUGUAAGUUAUGUAAUGGUUUUUUAACAAUGUCUAAAAAAAAAAAAAAUUUGCUUGUGGUUUUAUUGCUUUAUAAAAAUUAAAUGAAAGCAGUA